AUGCGUUUUGAAAUUUUAGUUCUCUUAUUUACUUUAGCAUUGGUAUCCGCUACAGCAGGAACCCUGAACCAGUGUCCUGCCAAUGAAGAUUUUAAGGAGUGUGGCACUGCUUGCGAACCCACUUGUGCAAAUCCUCGUCCCCAAGUUUGCACAAUGCAAUGUUUGGUAAAUGUCUGUCAAUGCAAACCUGGAUACGUGCGACGAUAUGACGGACAAUGUGUUGAAGAAAGAUAUUUUGCAAUAUUGAGCAAAUCACUUAAAGGAUUAGCAAGUGGGUCAGUUGACGGAGCUGGAGGGACACUUUUGGGAGGUCAUCAGAUUUCAAACAAAUGCAGUGUUCAAUGCGUCGCAAAGAUGUGUGGAUGUGGCAAAGUAUAUAUUCCACUCUCAGAAUCAGAAAACUUGUACAAAGGAUUUAAGUCAUCAAAUCGUUGUCCUGUGAAUGAAGAGUUUCUGAAAUGUGGAUCCAGUUGCGAACCUAGUUGCGAAAAUCCUCACCCAAAAAUCUGUACGGCGGAAUGUAUUUUGGAUGUCUGCCAGUGCAAAGAAGGAUAUGUUCGAAGAUCUGAUGGUCGAUGCGUUAAAAUGGCAAAUUGUCAUUGA